CCUUGCCAAUUUCUGAACAGGCACGAAAUCGCUUUGUGAAUUGCUCCUCCUCAUGUCGUGUCACAUCACGGUUCACAUGCCAAGAUGCGGUGCCGGGUAGAUAGAAACGGGCGCGUUCCAGCAGGAGCAGCAGUGCAAUCCUGCCAUCUUACCUGAGCCGCCUGACACGCACCCCCAUUAUUGACACUGACUUUCAAAGACCUAGCCGGACCUCCAUCUAUUCUUUUCAUGCGCCUCUUUCCCUUUCUCUCUCUAGCUUUGCCUUUUCCUUGGCCCCCUUGUGUAUCAUUUCCAUCUCCUUUCUUCCUCCUCUACUCUGCUCUACUGCAAAUCAAUCUGCUACAAUGGUCGUAGGGUCAUGUGGUUGAUGUGCAUGGGGAUGAGGAGCCGCUGCUUUGAUUUGAGGUGCCCAGCCCAAACAUGAUUCUGUGAUUAUUUUUCUGCACCAUUCUCUCUUGCAGCAGUCUCAUGCGCAUCAUCAGGCUGUUGAAUCUCUGUAGAAGAAGGUGGGCAGCCCCCAAGCCCGCCCACGCUCUUUUUGUUCUCCCACCUUUUCCUUUUGUUCCUCCCCCUCUUGACCACUCCUCCCCUCCCCACCACCACCAUUGCCCGAGUGAGAUCUCCUCCCUUUAAGUACACACAGAGAGAGAGACGUACUAUAUCCAAGCUAUAUUGCUCCUCGGUCUUGUAGGGUUGGUUCUUGGCAUUUGGCUCGAGGACUGGAUGCAAACAGGCAGUUGAUGCUUCUUGGCAGCUGCAGGGAGGUGGUACUACUAAAAAACGUGAUGCGUCUUCAGGGGGGUCACAUGCGCAUGGCGAACAGAUAAGGAAGGGCACGGUGAACUCAGCCGUGUUUGGUGCCCGCAUUUCCCCUGCCUAGGCGGUGGAGCUAGCACAACUGAAGAACCGAGCCAAGAUCACGGGAAGAGCUGUGCGAGCGAGCGAUCGGUCGGCUAGCUCGAUCGCCAUGAGCAGCUUCGCGGGGCAGCAGUCAAGGCCGUGGACGGGGGACGCCGCCGCCGCCACCCCGUCGGGCGACGCGCGGGACGACGGCGCCUCCUCCAUGAAGGACCUCGGGUCCUCCACCAACGCCAGCGCCAUCUCAUUCGGCUUCGCCGCCACCGCCAUCCUCAUCGCCAUGUUCCUCCUCAUGGCCAUCUUCGAGCACCUCAUCAAGCCCGGCUGGGCGGCCUCCCGGGGCUCCCGCGACGACGGCGACGGCGACGCCCACGGGCGCCGCGCCCAGCCGUCGCACUCGCACCCCGGCCGGCACCCGCGCGACCAAGGCUCGCCGGAGAAGCUCGCGCCUCCGCCCAAGAUGGAGGCCGUGGCGGCGGCGCCGGACCUGACGGUGGUGAUGCCGGGGCAGCGGUACCCGACGUUCCUGGCGCAGCCGGCGCCCCUCCUGCUUCCUUGCACGAGAGAAGGCGUGCGUUGGCCGCCGCACCAUGACCAUCGCCGCUCCUUUCUGCCGCCAUGACUGUCUUCGGCGCGGAUACGUGCGUGCCUAUCAUGUUUGCCUGUAAUCUGUAUAGAGCUAGAGCGAGGGUAUGGUGAGAAACGCCGGAGCUGCUGGUAUGUGCGCGAUGGAAAAUGCUGGACUGAUGGUAGAUGAGCAGCAUUCAAUUCAUGUAUAGUUAGGCCCUGUUCGGAGGUACUCCGCUCCCGAGCUCCACUUCCGGAGCAGGUGGAGUCGUAGUUGAAAUUUGUGGAGCGGCGGUUUACCAGCUCCACAACUCUCAGGAUUUCUAGGAGCUGGGAGGUUUCCGAACAACCCCUUAGUCUCGCCUCUGGGUCGAAUGCCGUUCUUCAUGUUAUGAUCUUCCAUCUGGAUGAGUGGCAUUCUUCUAAUCUGAUUUUUUUUGCGAGUUCUUCUAA